AUGGCUUCGGCUGCAGCAACUGCGAUUCCGACCAGGAAAUCCAGCGAGAUAAUCGGGAUUCCACCGAGCCAGAGAUUCACUACGGCAUCAUUGGAGCUGCUUUCUGUCAUUCCAGCACAGAUGAUAGCCACGACGACUAAAGCAACGGACGCUCUUAAGGAGUUCUACUUCUGUGGCCGGGUGAACGUGCUCGAAAGUAUCCAAACGAUCCUGAAUCUGACGAUGCUAGAGAACAAAAAUCAUCCGUGCCGUCGGACAAUGGUUAUUUUUCAAGGCAUUGGUGGAAUUGGAAAGACCCAGACAGCCCUUGAAUACGUCCGUCGCAACAGAAAUAUCUAUAGCACAGUCUUCUGGGUUGAUAUCAGCAACGCAAGUAGAUUGACGUCAGUGCCAAUCGAAUCAUGGACGAAAUUGAUAACUCAUUAUGCGAAGAAGUACCCCGGGGAAGAGAAGUUUGGUAGUAUUGCAGCAGACCUUCAGAUUCCGGGGCAAAUCGAUCGUCAGGGCCAGCUGAGAGGAAAUGCUGCCAAAUCUCCGUGGCAGUGUGUACGUAAAUGGCUCGCGAGGGAUGCGAAUAUCGGGUGGUGUCUUGUCGUCGACGGAAUCAACGACGAGGCAGACGGGGACCGUAUGCUGGAAUUGCUUCCCGCUUGCGAUCAUGGACACAUCAUUGCUACGUCUAGGGUACGUUUAUCCGACUUCAAGAUCAUUGAAAUCCCAGAGCUGGAGGAGCAGUUUUCUGUGAAGAUGCUUCUAGAUCGCCGGGUAGAUUCUCUUAAAGAUGAAGACGAAGCAAAACCCGCAGCAGAACAAGUUGCAGAAAUGAUCGGAUACCUUCCACUUGCCCUUUCCCAAGCAGCGGCCUACAUUAAGAAGAAAGCCCUCAGGCUAGUGCAAUACCUAGGCAGACUUCGCAACAACAUUGCUCGGCUCAUCGGCGAGAAAUUCUUGAAGUUCUCCGGCGGUGUUUUCUCGUGCUGGGAAUUAUCUAUCCAGGAACUCGUCAAAUCGUACGCUCACGCCUUUGACUUGCUUCGGCUCUGCUCGUUUUUAAGCCCAAAUGGAAUUUCGGAAGAAUUACUCUACCGCGGUCUCGAGGCCAUCGAAGAUGGCGCACGAUUGGUCACUUGCUUAGUAGGGUUGGAUAAAACGGCGACACGCGCGAGUCAUGCGAAUGGAUAUACGAACAGGAAAUCAGGGCCCAACUGGACCUGUGUUUCAAUAAAUAUGUUCAGAAAGACAUUGUCACGAGUGACGCUGUUGCGGCGGAUGACAAUCUUGCCUGGGCGAUUCGCCAGCUGGGGGUGCUUAAGGUUUGGCGGUCAGACAGACGAUUGUGUCGCAGCAGCCCUUCUCAAGCUUUCAAUCAGCUUGUAUACAAAGAAUAAGGGGAAGGAGAAGCUGCCCAACGUUGAUGGCCACCCUGACAUUGAACUCAGGUUGCUGUAUGCCAUGCCAUGCGUAGCUUGGCGAAGCUGUUGGUCCUGCACGAUGGACUUGGUAGGAGCCCUGAAGAAAUCACCCGCUUGCUCGAUACCGUUGAGCGUGGGUACAACAAAUUCCGCUAGAUGCUCAGCUUCUGAAAAUCCAAAACCUGAAGGCAUCGCAUCUCCGGAACCUGGACGACUUCGACGGGGCGCUGACGCUGUAUCAAAUAUGCAUGGAGAACUGCGCCAGGGUUAA